CCCCGCAGCGCACUUCUCGCGGUCAUUGAGCGUCUUUCCUGCAGGGUCGGUAGUGGCGUCACUCUCGCGGUGUUUGGGGUUUGCGUUGCAAUAAUGGCUGUAUUCGGGUUGCUGAUGGAAACAGAGGCGAGUCGGGGAGGGAGCUGAGGAGAGGCGGGUGAGACACUAACCUGACCCCGUACCUGCUGGCGGGAGACCGGCAACUAAGGAAGAAAGCUACCCGUCACAUACACAGGCUGGAGAGCGGAGUUUUGGAGAGAGAAAACGGCCGGUGAGAUGAGCGGCCCCGGGCAGGACAGCGAGCCCGAGGCGAAAGUCCUCCACACCAAGCGGCUGUACCGAGCGGUGGUGGAGUCGGUUCACAAGCUGGACCUCAUCAUCGGUAACAAGUCAUCCUACCGGGAGGUGUUCAAACCUGAGAACAUCAGCCUGCGCAACAAGCUCAGAGAGCUGUGUGUCAAGCUGAUGUUCCUGCACCCUGUUGAUUAUGGGAGGAAGGCAGAAGAGCUGCUCUGGAGGAAAGUGUACUACGAGGUUAUUCAGCUCAUCAAAACCAACAAGAAGCAUGUCCACAGCCGCAGUGCUCUGGAGUGUGCCUACAGGACCCACCUGAUCGCUGGGGUGGGCUUUUACCAGCACCUGCUGCUCUACAUCCAGUCCCACUACCAGCUGGAGUUGCAGGACUGCAUCGACUGGACCCACGUCACAGACCCCCUCAUCGGCCGGAAGAAAGCGGUCUCUGCUACUGCCAAGGAGAUGGACUGGGCUCAGAUGGCCUGCCAUCGCUGCCUGGUCUACCUGGGAGACCUCGCUCGCUACCAGAAUGAACUUGCAGGCGUGGAGGCAGAGUUGCUGGCUGAGAGGUUUUAUCAUCAGGCUCUGUCUGUGACUCCACACGUUGGAAUGCCUUUUAACCAGCUGGGGACGCUAGCGGGAAGCAAGUACUACAACGUGGAGGCAACUUACUACUACCUGCGAUGUAUUCAGUCAGAGAUGCCGUUCGAGGGAGCUUACGGGAACCUGAAGCGUCUCUAUGACAAGGCAGCCAAGAUGUACCACCAGGUCAAGAAACAGGAAAUGAAGAAGCUGUCCCCCACCAAGCAGAGGUCUAAAGACGUUAAACGGUUGCUGGUGAGCUUCAUGUACCUGCAGAGCCUUCUUCAGCCCAAGAACAGCAUGCUGGAGUCUGAGCUGACGUCUCUGUGCCAGUCGGUGCUGGAGGACUUUAACCUGGUGCUGUUCUACCUGCCCUCUGCCUCGCACUCCUCCUCUGGCUGUGAGGAAGAGGAGGAUCACGAGAGCCGCUACUCCUUCGUCCCUGAUGUGCUCGUCUUCAGAAUGGUCGUCACCUGCCUCAUGGUCGUGCACAACCUCAAGAGGGCAGGUUCCAAGCAGUACAGCGCUGCCAUCGCCUUCACGCUGGCCAUGUUCUCUCACCUGGUCAACCACGUGAACAUCCACCUGCAGGCCGAGCUGGAGGAAGGAGAGAGCGGAGUCCCGGUGCUGCACACGGAUGACCUGGAAGUGAAAGACGGCGUGACGUUGACGCCGGAGGAAGGCACGCUACAGAAUGGGACUGCUGAAGAGGAGGAGGAGGAGGAGGAGGAGGAGAGAAGUGGGAAAGGAGCAGACGGCCAAAAGAAACCUUCAAACUCAACAGACAAAACCAAGAAGAGCGGCAAAAAGAAAUACUCCCGUCUCUCCCGCCUGAGACGGCGCCGAUAUGACGGGAAAGAGGACGAGAGUGAUCUGAGUGAGGGCUUUGAGAGCGAGGGGGAGAGAGGGGGUAGAGUGGGGGGCAGGAGAGUGGGAGCAGCUGUCGUCUCCACCGCCAUUACCAGGGCCAAACACAAGGGAGCUGACUGGGACAGUGGCUCUGAGAAGAGCGAGGAAGACUAUGAAGAGGAGGAGGCGGAGACUGCGUUCGACGUGGAAACCGAUUCGGAUAUGAACAGCCAGGAGUCACGCUCUGAUUUGGAAGACAUCGAAGACGAAAAGACAGAGAUCGCAGGUGUUCCCGAUUCACUCGACAGCGCGGAUUCAAAACCGCUGGAGAAGGCGGAGCCUAGCCCGGCUGUCAAUGGGCCUACCCCCAGCAGCAGCAGCAGCGACUCCAGCAUCGCCAGUAACCUCCAGGCCAUGUCUUCCCAGCUCUUCCAGACCAAACGCUGCUUCCGUUUGGCCCCCACUUUCAGUAACGUGCUGCUGCGACCCUGCAGCGCUCCACAGGCCAGCGGGGGAGGGAGCAGCCCCCAGCCAACAGCCCUUGAUCAGACCCCUCUCGCCAGCAGCAAUCCCAGUGCCACCCCCCAAACUGCCAGUGACAACGAUGGUGGCUCGGAUUCGGAGGGCAGUGUGGAGAGUAACCAAUCCUGUCGCAACGAGAAGACCCUACUAGAGCGACUGGAGAUCCUGACCAAUCAAGGGCUGCUGCCGGCUGUCAAGGUCUUCCUGGAUUGGCUGAGAGCGAACACUGACAUCAUUGUCAUGUGCGCACAGAGUUCUCAGAGCCUGUGGAACAGAUUGUCGGUGCUUCUCAAUCUCCUGCCAGACAGCAGAAAGAUACUGGAAGCCGAGGUGCCCUUGUGUGAGGAGGUGUCUGAGCUCCUGAGCGCGUGCGAGCGGCCGGACCUGCAGCAGACCCUGCUGCUGCCCGAGGAUGUGGCACUGCGCCAUCUGCCUGCCCUCCGAGCUGCUCACAAGAGACUGGACAUGGAGAGAGAGAGCCCCACUCUCAGCACCCUGCAGGAGUCGGUGGUGCGCCUGUCCUGCAUUCGCAGUUUCGGUCACUUCCUGACCCGUCUCCAAGGCAACGUGCUACACUUCAACCCGGAGGCGGGCAUCUUCACCAGCAUCAGCCAAUCGGAGCAGGAGAACCUGCUGCAGCAGGCCAGGGCGCAGUUCCGCAUGGCGGAGGAGGAGGCACGCAGAAACAGGCUGAUGAGAGACAUGGCACAGCUGAGGCUACAGUUGGAGGUGUCUCAGCUGGAGGGCAGUCUGCAGCAGCCCAAGGCCCAGUCCUCCAUGUCUCCCUACCUGGUCCCAGAUACCACUGCUCUCUGCCAGCACCUGGGGCUGAUCAGACAGCUGGCAGGCAGUGGUCGUUUCAUCAUCAUCAUCCCGCGCACAGUGAUCGACGGGCUGGAUUUCCUGAAGAAGGAGAAUGCUGGAGCCAGGGACGGGAUCCGCUUUCUGGAGUCGGAAUUCCGCAAGGGAAACCGGUAUAUCCGCUGUCAGAGGGAGUCUGGGAAGAGCUUUGAGAGACACAAGCUGAAGAGACAGGAUAGCGACGCCUGGCACCUGUAUAAGAUGGUGGAUAGCUGCAGACAGCUGACGGUGUCCCAGGGGAGUGGCGAGGAGGACACUGCUGGCAUGGUGACCAUCCUCACAGGGUUUCACAUUGAAGACGUUACGACGCUGUCGCCUCGCAUGCAGGCUGCUCUACAAGCCGUGUCAGUGGCUGGAAUCGAACUCAAAAACAUCCUGGAAUUCUACAAGCAGUGGAAGGAAAUGGGCUGAUGGUCAAAGGUCUCGCUGCUGUGAUGUCUCGUACACACCCACCCCCCCACACACACACACUGUCCCGCGCUACCUCUGUCUCUGGGGGGGCCAUACAAAAACAAACGCACGGAUUGGUCCGGAGCAACUACACAAAAACCAAGCGACACCUCCCUGUUCAAAAUCCAGCAUCUAAAAAUCACAAAUCAAACCAGUCUCGAGAGGAUUCGGAAGCAGCCCUACGCCCCGUUGUUUAAAAUUUGCUUUUUUUAUUUCCUUGAGCGGUUUUAAAUAGCAACAGGGUUUAAAGCUUGGCUGUAGGAAUGGGGUGGCAGUUCAUGGCAUAGCCUCCAUCGCACAUGAAAAGUGCAGGCUUUAGCAAGGGCAGAAAAUGAACAAGGUGGGAUGUCUGUCCUUAUUUUUAAGUGGUUACUCCCUUUGCUUUCUGUAUAUUAAAAUCAGCUUGUGGCAGGUGCUGUGUUUCAAAUGGAAUUAAAAUGAAUAACCAUGCCCUUG